CGAACAUUUCCCUCAGUUGCUCUCUUUUUCCGCGCGCCUCGAGUUUCCUCCAUUUCAGUCGCUUAACUAAACCGAAGCGUCCACAACGUGUCCGUCAUGAGCAGUUGUUUGCAGGCAGGUUCUGCUUGUUUUAGCAGAGACCUCAACUGUCUGUGCUCGAUUGGUAGCAACAAAAACCAGGACCGCUUCGGACACCUCUGGAUUAAAGCGUCUCCGUCGACACGUGAUCAAGCACUUAGAAAUCGAGUGUGGAAAAUGUCCACGAAAACGACAACGGCGGCAGCGAAACAAGAGCCGGCGGCGGCACGUCAUCCACACUCGACUGUUUGCAAAACAAAAGUUGUUCUACACAGACUAGAAGGCAUGAGAAAAUAUCUUGGUCCUGAGGGGCAGGAGCCUGACGUUAAAGAGGGAGUGGGGCUCACCCAAAUCAAAGAGGAGGAGCCAGAGCUCCCUUACCAGCAAAUGCCAGAAGAGCAACUUCCAAUCAAAAAGGAGGAAGCGCUACCUUGUGUUAAAGAGGAGGACCAAGAUAUUACCGGGACGACCGGCGAGCCCUUGAAAAGCGAAGACGAAGGUACGAGCGCGGACGGCGAAGGGACGGAGCCUCUGAGCGGCAGCGGCGACAGCUCAACAGAAGGAUCCCAGGAUCCGGACAACCUCAUCGCUCCACUAUCGGAUAGCGACGACGCCACGUCGCAUUCCCCGUACGCUGACGACGAUGAGCCUGAAGGCCGUACCAAACAUCACGACGACACGCGUACGAGCGAGAAACCUUUUUCGUGCUCCGAUUGUGGUAAAAGUUUCACACAGAAGGGAAGCUUAAAAUUACACGCAAGGACCCACACCGGCGAGAAACCCUUUUCCUGCGCCGAUUGUGGCCAAAAAUUCACACAGAAGGGAAGCUUAAAAUUACACGCGAGAACCCACACUGGCGAGAAACCUUUUGUCUGCGCAAUUUGCGGGCAAAGAUUUGCUCAGAAGGGAAACUUGAACAUACACAAAAGAACCCACACGGGAGAGAAAUGGUUCUCCUGCUCAAUUUGUAGUCAGACGUUCACUCAAAGGGAAGGCUUAAAAAAUCACACGAGAACCCACACCGGCGAGAAACCUUUUUCCUGCUCGGACUGUGGCCAAGAAUUCACACAGAAGGGAAGCUUAAAAUUGCACGUGAGAACCCACACUGGCGAGAAACCUUUCUCCUGCUCAAUUUGUGGCCAAAGAUUCACGCAGAAGGGAAACUUGAAAAUACACAAAAGAACCCAUACGGGAGAGAAACGUUUCUCCUGCUCAAUUUGCAGUCAGACGUUCACCCAAAAGGAAGCCCUAAAAAAUCACACGAGAACCCACACUGGCGAGAAACCUUUCUCCUGCUCAGUUUGUGGUCAAAGAUUCAUUCAGAAGGUUAGCUUACAAGCUCACGAAAGAACCCACACUGGCGAGAAGCCUUUCUUCUGCUCGGUUUGUGGCCAAAGAUUCAGCCACAAGAACGCCCUAAAUAAACACGCUAGAACCCACACCGGUGAGAAACCUUUCCUCUGCUCAAUUUGUGGCCAAAGCUUCACAGAAAAGAAAAACCUAAAAAUACACGCGAGAACCCACACUGGUGAGAAACCCUAUCCCUGCUCGGAUUGUGGCCAAAGUUUCACUCAGAAGGGAAGCUUAAAAAUACACGCGAGAACCCACACUGGCGAGAAACCUUUCUCCUGCUCGGAUUGUGGCCAAAGAUUCGCUCAGAAGGGAAACUUGACAAAGCACUCGAGAACCCACAAUGGCCAUCGGACUUAUUCCUGCUCAGACUGUGGGCAAAUAUUCAGCCAGAAGGGAAAUUUCCAACAACAUGUGAGGACGCAUACGGGUGAAAAACCUUUUUCUUGUUCGGCGUGUGAUGAAAGAUUCUCUUGGAAGGGUCAACUUAAGAGGCACGUGUGUGUGUGAGAAGAGGUUGUUUUCCUGCCGAUGUGCGCAGUGCAUGCUGGACAUGGGCUUUCUUCAAAUUCUCCUGUUGAGGAUUAACACUGUUGUUGCCGUACAUGUUUACAUUGUAGCCCGUGGGCAUCUCUAUUCAGACAAA